AUGAAACUGGAGAUUGCACAAUUCGUGGCUCAAUGUUUGACUUGUCAACAAGUAAAGGUGGAGCAUCAGAGACCUGGAGGACUUCUCCAUCCUCUUCUUAAUCCUGAGUGGAAAUGGGAGAACAUAGCGAUGGAUUUUGUGUCCAGUUUCCCUAAGACCAAUAAAGGUUUUGAUAGUGUGUGGGUAGUGGUUGAUAGAUUAACUAAAUCUGCUCACUUUUUAGCUGUCAAGACAAGUUUGUCUUUGGAAAAACUUGUUGAGCUGUAUAUUGACCAGAUUGUGAAGCUUCAUGGUGUUCCAGUCACCAUCAUCUCUGAUCAGGACUCCCGUUACCAGGCAAGCAUCCAAAUGGCUCCUUAUGAGGCUUUGUACGGAAGAUGGUGCAGGUCACCUAUCUGUUGGGAUGACAUGGAAGAAAGCAAACUUCUAGGCCCAGAGAUUAUGCUGAUAACAGUUGAGAACGUUUGCCAAAUUAAAGAUCGAUUACAAGCAACUCAUAGCCGACAAAAGAGUUAUGCAGAUAAUAGAAGGAGGAACUUGGAAUUCCAUGUGGGGGAACACGUGUUCUUGAAAGUUGCUCCUACUAAAGGAAUUGUCCAUUUUGGUGUUAAAGGUAAACUUAGUCCUCGUUUCAUUGGCCCUUUCAAAAUCUUGGAGUGCAUUAGUGAGUUCUUAGGAUUUGAGCUAAACAGUGAUUUGUCUUACGAAGAGCAACCAGUAAAGAUUGUAGACUUCAAGAAGCAAGAGUUGAGGAAGCGGGUCAUUCCUCAUGUCAAAGUUUAG